CUUGUCCUGUUCCCUUCCACUCCUCCUCGCAGCCCUCAAAAGCUUUCGACGCCAUGCGCGUCCUCGCACUCGCUUCUGUAUUACUAUUUGCCCUCCGGGCGUAUGCGGAUGCGUCUGCAGGCGGCCUCUACCCGCCUGGGCUUGCGCCGCUCAUCAAUCGGGCGAACGUCCUGCUGUCCUCGGGCCAGUUCAAUGAUGCGGCCAAGUUGUACUCGGAGGCGAUAGACCAAUCCCCUGCGGACUACCUCCUUUACUGGAAGCGCGCCACCGCCUACUACUCCCUGAACCGCUACAACUCUGCCCUCGACGACUUCGACAAGGUCCUCUCCCUCACCUCCAACACCUUCGACAACGCGCACCUCAUGAAAGCGCGCAUUUUCGCGAAGGAGGGCAAGUUCGCGGAGGCGCGCGACGAGGUCGAGAAGUACCAGAAGCGCAACAAGUCGGACCAGGGGGCGGCGGAGCUGCUCGCGGAGAUCGCGCUGGCUGAGAAGCAUGCGAAGAAGGCGCGCACGGAGCACAAGGCGCAGCUGUGGACGGCGUGCGUGGAGGAUGCCAGCGCAGCACUUCGUACGGCAGGCUACUCCACUGAGAUCCGUUCACUGCGCGCCGAAUGUGCGUUGGCGGCUGAGGAUAUCGAGGGCGCUGUCGCAGACAUGACGCGCCUCUCUCACCUCCUGCCCCCGUCUACCGACCUCUUUGUGCGCAUCUUCCGCCUGUCCUACUUCUUCCUCCCACCCUCCCCCAUGCCCUCAAACACCCUCAAACAAUGCCUCUACCAAGACCCCGACUCCAAGCUCUGCGGCAAGCUCCACAAGCUCGCCAAGCAGCUCGACAAGGCCUUCACCAAGCUUGACGAGCUCCUCGAGGCUGGCAACUGGCGCGCGGUCAUCAAGCUCCUCACGGAGAGCGGCAAGAACAACGACCUGAUGAACAAGUUCGACGCGGCGAUCAAGGAGCAUGCGCAGCGGGAGAUGCUGCUACCGCCGAAGCUCGAGGAGGGCCCGAGCAAGCACGAGCAGCCGAUACCCUUGCCGGACCCGAUGUACUUCUCGCCGAGGCGGCAAACGUUGGUGCGCUCGCUGUGCAGGGCUUACACCAAGACCGGCCAGAACAAGAAGGCGGAGCCGUGGUGCGAACAACUGCUCGGCAUGUCUGGCUGCUCGGAGGACGUCGAUGGCCUGGUUGGUCGCGGUGAGGCCCUCCUAUCGAAGGAAGAAUACCAAGAGGCUAUCCGCGUGUUCGAGAAGGCAUUCGAGGCAAGCGGUCGUAGCGACCGUGAUAUCCACCAGCGGAUGCAGAAGGCUCAGAAGCUGCUCAAACAGAGCAAGCAGAAGGAUUACUACAAGAUCUUGGGUGUUCCCCGCGAUGCCGACGACCGCACGAUCAAGAAGGCCUUCCGUCAAGCAGCCAAAUCUGCUCACCCCGACAAGGGCGGCAGCGAGGCCAAAAUGGCCGCCCUCAACGAAGCCUACGAGACCCUCUCCAACCCCGAGCUUCGCGCACGCUUCGACGCCGGCGACGACCCGAACGACCCGCAGGGCAGCCAGCAGCACCCCUUCACUGGGUACGGCGGCGGUGGGCACCCCUUCGCGCAGUUCUUCCAGCAGGGUGGAUUCCCUGGCGGUGGGCACUUCGGUGGACCGGGUGGCGGGUCGUUCCAGUUCCACUUCGGGCACUAAGGUGGAGUGGUGGCUUGCUGCUCUAUCUCUAUCGUAUGUGCUCAGUACUAUCUGCAUACAACCCGGGAGGCUGGCGGAUCUAUGGACAUGGCAUCUUUGUAUAAUACAUUCCCCUUGCAUGCUGUACUUUAUCCACGAUACCUCAUCGACACCGGUGCGCUCUGGUGGCGCUGGAGUGCCGUGGAUGAGUACGCCUACUACUGUUAGCUACGAUACCGUUACGCAUCGCUUAUCUAUGGGAUUCGUGUUGACUACUCUACUUGGUUGGCCAGGAAUGACUUCAACGAUUUGCAGAAUGGCACUCAAACACUGCAGAUAAUGGCAGACCAAGACGCCGCG